AUGUCGGUGCUGCCUUACCUGGACACGUUCCGGCGGCUCCUGGCCGACGUCGUGUCGGCGGCCCGCGGCAGCCCGGCUGCGCGCGGGCUGGUCGCCCAGCUGUUCCACGCGGUGCCGCUGCCGCCAGACCACACCACGCAGGUCGUGUUCUACGCCGGCCCGCGCAGCGUGAGCCUGCUGGACCAGAGCUUCGCGAGGGACUUCUCGUUCCGGCCCCUGCUGGCGUGCCUGCGCAUCGAGCGGGUGAAGAAGCUGCUGGUGCUGAUGCUGCUAGAGCGGAAGGUGGUACUGGCCACCCAGCGGAUGAGCCGAGCCCUGCUCUACGCGGUCUGCGAGGUAGCGCGGGCGCUGCUCUUCCCGCUGGACUGGGAGCACGUCUACAUCCCCGUGCUCCCGCCGGGUGACAGUUGGAGGAGGUACCUGGAGUGCCCAGCGCCCUACGUGAUCGGAGUUGUCGAUAGGCCAGACGCCAUCUGCGAAGACGUCAAGGACAACCCUGAUGUGUACAUCUUCGACCUCGACAACGACCGCGUCCUCGACAGCGCGCGCGGCGAGCCUCUGCCUUCGUCUGCGCCGGCCCUGGAGGGACCACUCCAGAGGCUGAAGGACAUGUUCGACUGGGAGCAGGGGCACAGGGAGUACUGGGACAGUUUCCACCUCGUCCAGGCCAGCCCAAGCAGGCGGGCCGGCGAUGCGGCCGCGGCUGCGCCGGGCCCGACGCGGCUGGCCAGGCGCCUCGCGCUGGGCGGUGCCGCGGCCUGGUCGCCCGAGGGCGACGCCAGCCACCAGGCGGCUCUCGGCGCCCACGCCGGCUCGUACCUGAGCGCGUCGACCGAGCCCACGGAGGACAGCCCCGGGAGCGCCGAGGAGGAGGAGGAGGUGCCGCGCCGCAGGCGCGAGGGGCGGUUCGCCACGGCCCCCGCGGCGGCGGCUGCGCGCCACAGCCCGUACUGGUCCGAGGACACGGAGAAGAACUUCCGCCAGAAGGUGAGCGCCACGUUCCUGGAGGUGUUCGUGAAGCUGCUGCACGCCUACCCGGGUUACGCGGUUGCGGCGGAGGCGGGGACGGUGGCCUUCGACGAGGAGGCCUUCCUCGCGCAGGCGCAGCCUGCAGACGUGCCUCUGCUGCGGAAGCUCUUCCGCACCAACACCUGGGAUAACUUCAUCCACUUGUCGCCAGAUCACCCUCGCGUGAGGCUGUUCCGACAGGCGAUCGACUUGUACGGAGCCUGGAUGCAGGUGCCUCCUUCGGGCAGGAGGCCCUUCGAUGACGAGCUGCGGCUCAUGGUCGCGAAGUUCUACGAGCCAGCCAACACAGUCGCCGCCCCUGAGCACCCUGGGAGGCCUCUGGGCCCCCUGUGUUACAGAUCUCGGCAGAGAGGCAAGAGCUUCGCUCCCAUAGGCAGCUUGGGCCUGGCCCUGCUGGAGGGACCCACUGCUGGUACAGGGCCCAGGCCGGGGCUGGCUGUGCCCGCGGCCGCACUGCGGCACACGCAGGUGCCAGCAGCCGCCUCUCAGCUUUUCGUGGAGGCCGUGGGGCCCGCGCUGGCCAUGCUGCAGGAACAGCCUCCCUGGCCCCUGCCGCUCCUGGCCCAGCUGCUGCGGCAGCUGGCGGUGGAGCCGUCGGGGGGGCUCCGGUGCGCGCCCGAAGCCACGCGGGCGGCGGCCUCAGAGGAGGCCCUGUCGCCCGACAAGCUGCUGGCCCUUGGUGAGUCGGAGGAGGUCGUGCAGAUGCAUGCCGCCUGCUUUCUGCCUGGAGUCGGUGACAUCAGAGACUCCUGCCCGGACUGUGGGUGCGACGGCAGUCUCUGGGACACCAUCCGGGCGUCGCUGGCGGCCGCGGGCCCCAGAGGCGGCCUCCUCGGCGAGCAGUAUGCCCAGCCCCCCUGUGCGCGGUGCGGGCGGCCGUGGGAGCCGCGCUUCGGGUUCCUGUCUGGCGCCGCCGGGCGCACGCCGGGACAGGGCGCGCUGCCACUGCUGACCGUGCCAGAGUGCGUGGGCCGCAUACGCGAGUCCGACGGCAACCAGGAGGAGGUGGCCUGGUGCCUGCGCGUCUUCUUCGGCCUGCGCGUGGAGAUCUCCGUCGCGGGGGCCGCCGUGGGCUGUGCCACGUUCGAGGCGCUCUGCCGCGCCUACGCGCGCCGCAGCGCCGCCUCGAGGGCGGCGGCGCGGGAGGGCCCGGUGGGCGGCUCCGCCCUCGCCGCGGCGUCGGCGGACCCGCGGGUGCAGGGCGAGGGCGCUGUGGCAAAGAACAGCUUCGCCAUGACCCUGGACGGCGCAGCCACCGGCCCAGCCCUGGGCCGUGCACACGACGUCGAGCUCAGCGACGCUGCGGACGCCGCGGCCUCGGACGACGACGCCGCCAGCGACGCCGCGGACGCCGCCGAGGCUGACCUGUGGCUGGAUCAGAAGGCCCGCACUCCGCGCACGCCGGGCACGCCUGCUGGGCGCGGAACUCCGGCGGGGGAUUUGCCCAACUCGGAGUCGAGCGGUCUCAACGUCCCGCCGGCUGCGGCGCCCAGCGCACGGCUCCCAGCUGCACCCUUGGAGGCAGCUCCUGUUCAGACUCUGCCGCCGACGCCCACGCGGCUCGAGGAGGCGUUCGCUGGCGCAGCGCGGGAAGUCUCCGCGGCUGACGCCGACGACCGUCGUUCGGAUGACCUGGCAGCGACCGACCGAACGCGGCUUGCGGAGGCGACCUGCGAGGGCAGCUUGCAGGACCUGAUGGCGACCGCGCGCGACCGGACACAGCUCAUGGAGGCGGCGCUGCUGGAGACGACGCUGCGGCCGCCAUCGACGGAGGCCUUCUGGGCGCCGCGAGCGCGGGAGGGAGACGAGCCGCCCGCGGAGGCGGCUCUGCCCCCCGCCGCUCGGACACGCUGCGGUUCGGCCGCCGCCGCGGGGCACCUGGGCCGCCGCUGGCCCGCUCAAGGGUCGGGCGGGCGCCUC